AUGGCCAAUGAAGCAUGCAAAUUACUUCGCAAGGCUGAUGCAUAUUUUAAAAAUGAAAAUGUCGAUGUGACCAAAUUUGAUAAAUCCAAUUUAUUCACAUAUAAAUGCCCUAAAAAAGGGGAAAAAUAUGAAUGUACAACUAAUAAUGAAAGAAUUAACGCAUUGGGAGUAAAUUUAUACCAAAAUAUAUAUAAAAUUGCUAAUACGUUAAACGGAACAGGAGAUAAUGGCAACCGACAUAUUGAGAUUUUUAUAAUGUGGCUAAGCGAUAAAUUAUAUAAGUUAGAAGCAAACAAGACCCAAACCUUGGAAGAAUCUUAUAAAAAUAAUCUAGAGAAACAUACAGGAAAUUAUAAAUAUUGGAAUAUUUUAGAUAGUAAACAGAGUUAUAAGAAAGCUAAUGUUUGGUAUAUGAGUGAAUUAUAUAGAUUACUCAAUUGUAUAUGUAAUAUAGUUAUUGAAUAUAAAAAAAAAAAUAAGAACAAAGAGAAAAUCGAAAAUUAUUCUUCCCAAUGCUACCAGGAAUUUAAUAAUGUUUAUAACAUUGUUAAAAAUUGCUAUUCAUAUUUUCAUUUAUUAAAGUUCUUAAAAAGUAUAUAUGAUGAUAUUAGAAAUCAUGCUAUUAAAGACGCUAAUAAUAAAAAAGAGGCUAUUAGAAAAGCCUUUAUUACGAAUAAUACUUUUAAAAAGGCUGUUUCCCCCCAUAAAGCUAAUUUAGGCGAAGCAUUUGAACAAAUAUUAAAUGGUUCAACUAUUUCUCUUAUAGAUCUAACUACAUCGGAUUGGAACCAAAAGUUUCUAGAUGUUUCUGAUAAAAUACUUGAUUUCCAUACUCAAGUAUGUAUUAAUUCACAUUCUGAAUUGAUGGAAGAGGUGAAAAAACAACAAGAACUUGAAUCAAAAAAUCAACCGAAAGCACCCCCCCAAACACAACACCUAGGAUCACUACCACUACUAUCACAAGACCAAGAUUCACCAUCUUCACAAAAAGGAACUCCAUUACAAAAACCUCAAGAAGGAGAACCAAAUAGUCAAAAUGAACCAAAGACUUUAGACAAUAGUAAAGAAAAUACAGGGGGUGCAAAUGACAAUAAAGGAAAUCCAAAUGAUGGAUCAAAUGAUUCCACAUCAAGUGAUCCUGCAACAAGUACACCAGGAGGAAAUUUUUAUUGGGGGUCAUUAUUUAAUGGAUCCCUAUUCAAUAGAACCGAAAUUUUUAAUAAAGCUUCCCAAUUUAUUGACAAAAGCCGUCAAACAGUUAAAGAAGUUACGGAUAAAAUCAGUAGUGCAUAUACUAACGCUGUGGAUAAUUUAAAAAGUGCUUACACUGUAUCUAAUAAUUAUAUUAGUGGAGUUGUUAGUAGUGUAACUGACAAAUUAAGUUCAUUCGGUACUUUUCAAUUAAGUGAUGAUCAAUCUGGAUCCAAUAGUUUAGGGGGUGGGGUGGAUACAUCUGAUCCAUCACAACCCAAAUCGCCACCUCCACUACAAUCUCUACCAUCAUCUCCAUCAGAUUCACAAACUCGAUCAGAUCCACCAUCACAAAAAUCACUCGGUUCACAGACUAGCACUACAACAAUUCAACAAAUUGCACCUACUGGUGGAAAUAUAGCAUCUCAAACACCACCGUCUGGUCAAGGUACAUUAUCAAUUUCUGGUAACAAUUCUUCAAAUACAAAAAACGAAAACUUAAUUACUAUGGCAAAUGUUAAAAUGAAAGAAGCUCCAUCAAUAUGGUGUAUAGGAACGAAUACCAAAUGUGACAUAACGAGGAUUAGUAUUAUAGUUAUUUCAAUAUUCGCUUUUUUAGCAAUUAUGUAUAAGUAUAUAUCACUUGGGUGUACAAGCAAAUCGAAGAGAAAAAAAACCAUAAAAAAGGUUAUAAAUUCAAUUGGAGGGAAAAGACCGGUUCAAAUAAUUAUAAAAUCAUAUGAUAGGAACAAAGACCUAAAACCGGUUAUAAAUUCAGUUGGUAGAAAAAAAGAUUCAUUAUUAAAUAUAUACAAACUUAUGCAGGCUGAUCCUGUACCAUUUAUUAAUUUAUUUUUUUUGUUAAUUUUUUUUGUUUAUAAAAAAAAAAUAAAUUAUUUAGAAUUAUAA